AUGGCGGCGGAGGUCGUGCUAGGCGCUGUCGGUGUCCUCCCGGUGAUACUCGAGGUUCUCAGGUCCUAUCGAGACAUACACAAUAAAGUCCGCACUUUUCGAAACUGUUGUCAAGAACUCGCCUGGAUCCAAACGCGGCUGAAGACGCAGAAGCUCAAAUUCUUCUACAACUGUGAACGCUUGAUUCGGAUCAAAUUGGAGCAAAAUGAGGAACUGGAGGACCUGAUUGACCUUUCGUCACAGAAAUUCUGGCUUGAUGAAUCUGCGAACAAACGAGUGCGCGAUUCGCUCGGUCGCAUAACAGUCGAUCUGCUGCAGGACAUCGUGGCAGAGAUCCAAACCAUCCUCAAUGAUUUCGACAAUGACCUUCAGUGCUUCGACGUCAUAAAAUCGGAGAGAGUCGUGGGUGAAUCUCUACAAAAGGCAUUCCGUCGUCUUCGUCAAGGCUUCACCAUUGUCUUUGAAAAGUCCCGAUUCUCUAGGAAUUUAGACCGGUUGCGAAGUCGCAACGAGGAACUCAAAAGUCUCAUUGAAGACUCGGUCGAUUGGUCCUUUUACCAGCACCGCCGAAGAUCUACCAAAUCAAACGAUCCCAUCAGAUCAUCAGUAACCGAAUACAACAUCGUGCAGCGCGCCGCAGGGAAACUGCACGAGGCGCUGAACGAAGCAUGGUGUUGCAAUGGCCUUGGCCACACUCACCAUUACGCAAAGUUGUGCGUUGGGGUACAGGUCAAUAGAGGAGUGCGACUGGAUCUGGCGAUAUCGUAUGGCAAGAAUGGCGCACAAGAAUCUGGAAACUACCCUGCCCAAGAACAUCCCACUUGGCUGUACAUCCAAUCGUCCACCACCGAAGCUGGAUCAGCCAUAGCAAGCCAAAAAAGAGCGCGUUCUUCAGAAGAUAGUGAGACCGAGAGUGAUUCUACUCAUGCUCGAGCCCGCUAUCAGGCAACGAAAGUGUCCGCAGGUGACCACCACCCAGUUCGACACGAUGCAAGUGGUCCGUCGAACCUCCUCGGCCCCUGCGCACCCUCAUCCAUCCCCGACCCUGCCCUAGCGGCAGAUACCAUCUUCGGUGACCUUUGCCAGUCGGACAAUGUGUGCCGCCAUCUUACCGACAGCCCCGGCCUUGGGCCCGACGACAAGUCAAGUCAGUGUUUAGGCUAUCUCGAGAGCUCAGAUCAAUUUAGACACCUAUUCUACUCCCCGAAACCGGAGGAAGCGCUGAUAUCUCAAAAUAUGGCAGCUCCGUCUCGACGAUUCUUGACCUUGAACGAGGUUUUUCGUCUGACUGAUAAUGCGACCUUAGAUCCCCGCUACAAAGUUCAACUUGCCCUCAACUUGACAAAGGCUGUGUUGUGUUUUCAUCAGACUCCUUGGCUUCGAGAAGGCUGGCAGAUUCACGACUUUGCAUUCUUUGAUCACCGGACUACGCUCUCAGACAUUCAAUUCAACACUCUCCACUUGACGUCGCAGUUGACAGAGUGCAGAGCUCAGCCACCAUCGCUUUCAUCAGCAAUGGAAGAUGUUCAGACACAGUUUCAGCUGUCUUUUCCUCCAACGCCGCACCUUGUCUUCGAUCGCGGCGUAGAUAACCUCACACUCUUUAAUCUAGGGGUAGCCCUACUUCAGAUUGUUUGCUGGAAGUCUCUUGGGGAGCUUGGCCAAGGGCAAAAUCUCGAUGACAUACACUUGGCUCGGAAGAUAUCCCUGUCUGACCAGGCCUCGGUUUUGGGCCCCAAGUUCAAGGAUAUUGUUCGGAAAUGCCUUCGAUGCGAGUUUGGUUCCGGCACCAAUCUGGAAGAUGAAAAUCUGAAAGGAGCUGUUGCAGCACAUGUGAUCCCGACGCUGGAGUCAAUGAUGAAAGCAAUGAGCAUCUAA